CAUGGAGGACCCAGCGGGGCUGACUGGUGGGAAGGAGUCGGAUGAUUUGGAUUUUCCUGAUGUGUCACAGCCCAUACCAGUACACAUCACAAUUGUGAAGGUGCAGGACCUGAAAAAUCUCAAAAGCAGCGUGUUGGUUUCAUCGGUGCGUGUGGAGUACAACGGMAUGCUCCUGGGAGAAUCCCCCAAGAUUGAUGUCCUGCCAGAUGGGACAGCAGAAUAUGACUUCAGCACCAGCUUUGAGUGCAGCCGCAAUGGGCCCCACACCGUGGAUGUGGUUGUGCACAAACCACUGCUCUUGACAGUGCUAGAAGUGGGGCAGAAGGAUAAGAAAAAACCGGAGAAAUUAAUACCUAUUGGCCAAGCCGUGGUGGAUCUUUUACCUCUGGUGCAAGGAGAGUGUACACUGAAGAUCUCUACUCCUGUGUAUGCAGUGGGCUCAUCAGAGAGGCUUCGCCCUGAGGCCAUGGCUACAAUUGAAGUGACAGUGAGCUCCAAAGACAUCCUGCUCUCUGCCACCGAGUUCUGGACUGGGAGCCUCCUGAGUGUCAYGCUGGAGGCAGCUUAUUCUGUCCCUGAAGGCUUUACCACUGAAGCCCAGCAAAGCUACAUGGCUUGCUUGCAAAUACCAACAGCUGACAAUGAAUUGGUAGUGCUCUUCAAGGACGGCAUCCUGAAGGCUGAUGGUGAAAAAGAACCGUGUCCCCGGCCUAAAAAAUGGCCCCUUGGUGGCAUUGUGGCCCCUGCUGCUCAGGCCAUACCCUCCUCCUUCAUUGUUGGUGGGCCUUAUGAAGAAGAGGAUGGAGAGCUCACCAAAACGGAGGAUAGGGAAUUCAGGAUCCAGGCAGAGAGCAAGAAGAAAAUCGUGUGGGACAUGGAAAGGCGCUGUUUCCUGGAYGUUGUUUCAGUGGCUGUCCUGCGGAGACGCAUUACUCAGUGCCGCUUCUGGCCCGUGGAGCUCUGCAGGUUGACCGUUGUCUCAGCURGCAAAGGGAAAGCCAGCAAAGUUGAAAAGGGAGAUGACGACAAGCAGGUUCCCUUCCAUGGAGUGGCAUAUGUCGACAUGGGGCCUUUGCUGUGCCCUGGGGUGAAGCAGAUCCGAGGGGCCUUCCGUGUCUAUACCUACCAGGACAACGAGGUGUUUGCGAAGACCAAAACUCAGCACAGUAUUUUCCGGGAUCGCAGGUCAGAGAUCAGUCUGAUCAAGGAAGGGAUGGCAUCCUCUCCUGUUUCCAAAGCUGCUCCCAGUAAGGCUCAGAAGGAAGAGAAAGGUUCUUCUAACCUGCAAUACAAUGAGGCAGGAACAUUCCUGAUAAUAGAGAUAAUGCUGGACAAGCCCUUGGUCCCGAAGCGGCAGCGGGAGGAGCUCGCCCAACGGGUCAAGGAAAUUAUUCCACCCCAUGCUACGCUGCCUGGCCGGACAGACGGAGCUGAGAAGGCRGUGGAAGAUUAUCACAAACGAGUCACCAGUGUUGCACUUUCCAUCCUGAGUGAAUACCACGAUCUUUUUGGGAAGGAUCUGCCUGACAAGGGAGCCAUAGACCACAAAAUCCUGGAGGAACAGAAGCGCCAGCUCAACUAUGAGCUCAACACCUCUGGGAAAUACUUUGCUUUUAAGGAACAGCUAAAGUAUUCUGUGGUAAAGAUUGUGAGGGAGAAAUACCUGAAGACCACAGCRUUUGAGACCAAGGAGGAGCUCCAGACCUUUCUCUGUGAGCUCUACGUGUACCUCAUGGACCACAUGCAYAUUGCCCUGAACAAGCUCCUGUCUGAAGAAGAUGUUUCUUCUGCCCCUCCAUCCCUCACRACCAGCAAUCAGCUCGGGCUCUUUGCUCGCGAAGCUGAAGCCGACAAGAACUUUGACCUGGCCUGUCUCUUCCACAAGCAGAGGAUAGCUCAGGACCAGCACAAUGUCCAGUCCUGGCUGGACUAUGGAGCGUUCUGCCUCCUGCAUGAGACCACCACCAAAGCCCAGGAGUGCUUCCAGCAAGCCCUUCGUCUGGACCCUGAGCACGUCCAGAGCUUGCUGCUUUGUGGGAUUAUGGCUGUCAUGCUGCAACACUGGGAAGAGGCAGAGAUUUUCUUUGAGGAUGCCUGCUGCUUGGACCCAUCCAACAUCAUAGCCUGGACCCUUUCAGGUUUGUUUUAUGAGCUGCAGAAUAAUUAUAUUCGGGCAGAAAGGAACUUCCGUGAGGCUAAGAAGCUCCUGCGAACACAGCUGGAGGAGGAGAGGAGAAUGCUUGAGGCUGGUGAGGCAGAAGAAGGGAAAAAGCCCAGUUUUCCCUACACAGACCCAGAGGAACRCUUGCCAGAAAAGACUUUGGAUGACUCAGCUGACCAACAGCCAGAGGUGGUGGAGGGUGUGACAUCCAAGGAAGAGGCACCGCUGGAAGACCUGGAAGCACUAUACAUUGCUUCAGGGCCUCAGCGAGCUCCCUGCACAAUCUUCAUGAAGACGUUGGAAUUCCUGAUGAAAGUCAAUGCUGUCCGGUUUGUUCACAUGGCACUGGCCCACGAGAUGCUGAGCCUUCAGGGAGGCCCCACCUGUGCCUACUACCUGGCUCUGGCCUGGACCUACUCGGUGCAGAACGACCUUGUCAGAUGUGARGAAUGUCUGCAUGAGGCUAUUCGGGUCGACCCCUUGAAUCCAAAUGUUUGGGCUCAGAAGGGGCACCUAUGCUACCUGAGGAAGGACUUCAAGAAGGCAAAAGAUUACUAUGAGCGAGUCAUCAGCUUUAUGGAGGAUGCUUCAGAUAUGCACUUUGUCUACCUGCGCCUGGGCUCCAUCUACCUGGAAGAGAAACAGUAUUCCCGGGCCAAGCACAUCUACCUGCUUGCCUGUAAUGACUCUCCCUCCUGCCUCACCUGGCUGGGCGUGGGCAUCGCCUGCUACAGGAUGGGACAGAUGGUGGAAGCAGAAGAUGCUCUCUCUGAAGCCAAUACCCUAAACAACACCCACGCUGAAGUGUGGGCGUAUCUCGCCCUCGUCUCCCUGAAUGGCGGGCGGCAGCUGGAAGCGGAGCAGUGCUACAAAUACACCCUCAAGCUCGGCCUGCAGAACGACGAGCUGCUGACGGAGAUCCGCGCCCUCCAGCACCGCUUCGGCUUCGGCGACCCCUCCUUCUGAGCCCUUGGGCACAUAAAGUCCCCCCGCCCUGAGCGUUCCUGCCCGGCUCUGUCGCCAUCGUGUCACG